AUGGAACCAGAGCCGUCCACUUCCGCUCUCCUUGAGGCUAUCACAGCCCUCACCGCCACAGUUGGGUCCUUGCAGGCCCAAAUCACUUCUCAAGGCCAACAGCUCAUCGAGCUCAAAGCCAUAUGCAAGGAAACCGCGGACCUCCUCGGGGACAAAGAUCAGGGAGCCCCCCAAGCCCAGCCUGGCCCAUCGACUGGGCCUGUCACUCCUCCCACCCACUUGGGAGGAGAAGCCCACACUCCAGGCACGGUUAGGCCUGGACUCAAGGCCCCUUUCCGGCCUUCAAGGGGAACAGGUUUCGAUUCGGAAGACGAGGAAGAACCAAGGCGACCUAAAAAGGAGCCUCAAGGAACGCCUGCAAGGCAUUUAGGGUCCCUCACCCCCUUUGAUGCGGGGUCUAGUGUAAAGCGGCCCAAGAUGGACCUACCAGACCCAUACAAGGGAGAUACCAGGGGACAAAAGGCCACCCAAUGGCUUGACAGAAUGAUGCUCUGGGUUGCCCUCCACCGCGACCAAUUCGACGAAGAAGAACAGAUGGUCGUCUGGAUCCUCUACCACAUGGAGGACAAAGCAGCAGACUGGGCGCUCCCCAUCAUUGGAGCUAUCAUUAAGGGCAAAUUCAAGGAGGCCUUUGCCGACCCCAACGCCAAGCGGGCUGCCGCCAGGAAGAUUGCGGCGCUCUCCCAAACUACCACCACCUCCAAAUACGUCACGGAGUUCCGUAAUCUUAUGGCGGAACUCGACUGGAACAAGGAGGCCUACAUCGCGCAAUUCACGCGGGGCCUCCACUGGAAGGUUAAGGAAUUGCUGUCAACCAAGGACAGCGUCCCUGACGAACUCGAGGCAAUUUUCGCGGCCUCAAUAAAGAUUGACAACAUCCGCUGCGAAAAUGAGGAGAAUCGGCCAAAGAAGGCUCCCGCCAAGUCCCCGGCCACUGCGGCUACUACUUCCACUACAACCACUCAACGGGUCCGCCUCUCAGAGGACCCUAAUUACGUCACACCGGAAGAAAGGGACCGUCGCCGCGCAUCUGGCCUCUGUGUCAAGUGCGGCCAAAAGGGGCAUGGUAUCAAACAGUGUCCCAACGGCUGGAAGGCUACCGUCAAGGAAGUAGCUAAGCCCCUGGCCUCGAAAUUAGAUGUACAUGUAUCAGAUUUGGAUUUUGAAUUUGUUUCUCUAGCUCUGGACUCAAAUAAAAAACCUUUAUUAUAUCUUGAUCUGGUCUUGCAUAACCACCCGACGGAACCUCUCAAAACCCUGAUAGACUCUGGCGCAACAUCCAACUUCAUAUCACCCGCCAUAGUUGAAAAAUACAAAAUCCCAAAAACCCAACUCGAAAAUCCACGAGUUGUGAGAAUGUUAGAUGGUACCAUUUCCCAGACUGGUCGCAUAUGGCACCAGGUUCAACUCGCGGUCUCGGCCAAUGGCCAUUUCCACCACAUUCCUUUUCUUGUUUGCCCAAUAGGCAACACACCGGCAAUACUUGGCAUGACAUGGUUAACGGCAGAAGCUCCUCUCAUCGACUGGCAACAGGGGCUAAUCACAUUCCCUGAACAAGUUCAAAUUGCCUCCGAGGAAGAAGCAGACCCAAACCCCUUAGCAGACCUCCCUCCUCAAUACCAUGAGUUUGCUAAGGUCUUUGGCGAAGAAGAGUUUAAGGCCCUCCCUCCACAUAGGGAGUAUGACAUCUCCAUAGACCUUAUCCCAGAUGCCAAACUGUCCCCUGGUCCUAUAUAUGGCAUGACUGACGCAGAAUCAAAAGCGCUGAAACAACACAUUGAUGAGGAAUUGGCAACGGGCAAGAUCCGCCCUAGCACUUCCUCCGCAGGCGCCCCGGUUAUGUUUGUCAAAAAGGCAGAUGGAUCCCUUAGAUUGGUGGUUGAUUACAGGAAGCUGAAUGAUGUCACCCAUAAAAACGUCUACCCACUCCCCAGACAGGACGACCUCAUGGCCAAGUUAAGGCAUGCCAAGAUAUUCACCAAGUUGGACUUACGCUGGGGCUACAACAACGUACGCAUCAAGGAAGGAGACGAAUGGAAAACGGCCUUUAGAACCAAAUACGGCCUCUUUGAAUACCUAGUCAUGCCCUUCGGCCUCACCAACGCCCCUGCAGCGUUCCAACACUUCAUGAACGACCUAUUCCGGGAUUUGAUUGACGUUACCGUGGUAAUAUACCUAGAUGAUAUCCUCAUUUUCUCAGAAGAUCCAGAGGACCACCCGGCUCAUGUCAGAGAAGUGUUGUCACGACUUAUGAAGAACCAGCUUUUCUGCAAGCUAUCAAAGUGUCACUUCCACGUCACGACGGUCGAUUACCUUGGGAUUGUUAUAUCCCCAUCAGGCUUUUCCAUGGACCAGAGGAAGGUAGAGGCAGUCACGUCAUGGCCUCAGCCCAGAACGGUCAAACAAGUCCAGGCAUUCUUAGGCUUUGUCAAUUAUCUCCAACGGUUUAUUCCCAACUUCAGCUCUGUCGCACGACCCUUGCACAACCUCACCAAAAAGGAAACCCCUUGGUCAUGGGGAGACCUAGAGGAAGCAGCCUUCCAAGAGUUAAAAACCCUAGUUACCCAGUCCCCGGUUCUGAUCCACUCCAACCCCAAGCUUCCCUAUUACCUGGAAACGGACGCGUUGGGAGUAGCUAUGGGUGCCAUCUUAAGCCAAAGAGGCCCAGAUAAUUGGUUACAUCCCAUUGCCUAUAUGUCCAAGUCAUUUUUGGGAGCGGAAGCUAAUUACGACACCCACGAUAAAGAGCUCCUGGCUAUCAUUAAGGCAUUGGAGGAAUGGAGGAUAUUCUUGGAGGCAACGGACAAACCGGUACAAGUGUUCACGGACCAUCGGAAUCUAGAAUACUGGAUGCAGGCACGAACAUUCAACAGAAGGCAUGCGCGAUGGCGUAUUUUCCUGAGCAACUUCAACUUUGAAAUCCACUAUCGCCCCGGGAAACAAUCAGGAAAGCCAGACGCGUUAUCCAGGAGAUCAGAUUACGUAGACGCUCCCCCAGACCCAGAAGUCAUGCUGCCAUCAGAGGUCUUUGCCAACACAUCAGAAGCGGAACUCAAGAUUUUCCUGACAGAAGACGCAGACAACGCACCCCCGUCAAUCAGGAAAGCAUAUAGGGAUUAUGAUUGGGAAGAGGACCUACUGUGGUACCGUGGAAAAUUAGUGGUCCCAGAUUUGGAAAUCUUGAAGGAACGCUUGCUUAGAGAAUUCCAUGACUCACCCCUGGCUGGGCACCCUGGACAACAACGUACCCUGGAACUACUAAGUCGUAACUACUGGUGGCCAGGUAUGAAGUCCUCUGCCAAAGAAUGGGUAGAAUGCUGUCCAACAUGUCAGGCUAAUCGUCGAGCCCACGCCCCGGUCAUUGCCCUUAAACCCUUGGACGUUCCCCCUUACCCGUUUCACACCAUCUCCUAUGAUUUCAUCACAGGGUUUCCCAAGUCAAACGGCCACGACGCAAUCCUGGUAGUCAUUGACUCCUUCUCAAAGUUUGGGCAUUUUAUCCCAACUACCAAGAAAGUCACAUCCAAAGGCCUAGCGGAUUUAUUCAUCUCACAGGUGGGAACUACGUUCACGGGAAAAUUCCUAAGGGCACUUUACCAACGCCUUGGGGUAAAACCGUCCUUCUCAUCAGCCUACCACCCAGAGUCAGACGGCCAGACAGAAAGGGUAAACCAGUUCAUUGAGUUCUACCUAAGGUCGUAUGUUGCAGCAGACCACUCGGACUGGGCCUCCUGGCUACCAUUAGCAGAGUACGCCUAUAACAAUGCAAAACACUCCGCCACCGGGAAAACCCCCUUUGAGUUAGUAUACGCAAACGUCCCAGAGGCCGACCAUGUAGCAGAUACCCUUGCACAAGAAUGGAAAGAAGCGGAGGCAGCCCUAAGGAUGAGCAAGGAAAGGAUGACGGGAAACAAAGGGACAAUACCGGAAUACUCAAUUGGAGAAAAGGUCUGGCUGGACGGGAAGAACGUGGAGCUGAGAACAAACUCCAACAAGCUAGAUCCCAAAAGACUAGGACCAUUCGAGAUCACGGAAAAGAUCUCCAGUCACGCAUACCGCCUGAAACUUCCAGAAACCCUGAAGAUCCACGAUGUGUUCUAUGUAGGAUUGCUGUCCAAAGCGCACAAAUCCCCAAGUCAACCAUUUCCCGAGAGACCCCCUCCUGAAACAAUAGAAGGGGAAGAAGAGUACGAAGUUGAACAAAUCAUCGACUCGAAACGCCAGAAAGGGAAAUGGUUCUACCUGAUCAAAUGGAAGGGGUACGGCCCGGAAGAUAACUCAUGGGAACCAGAAGAAUUACUGGAGCAUAGCCAAGAAGAGAUCAAGCGUUUCAACCAAGCUAGACUCAGAAAGGCUCGUGACGCCGCCAAGAGCCUUUAA